CUGUAUGGCCUGCUCUAACUUUCAUAUUCUCUCUCCCGGACUAAUAACUGUGCAAUGAGACAUAUCCUGGCAGGUUUGGUGCUCUCGAGCACGCUUUUUGCCUGUGCGUGGGCUGAACAACCACCUCAGAUUUAUGGUGUUAAUUUGGGUUCGUGGUUAGUCCUGGAGCCGUGGAUGCUUCCUCAAGAGUGGUUGGACAUGGGUGGACAGUCAUGUACUGAAAGUUGUUGGACAUGCAUUUCAACUGAGUCAUCGUUUGCAAAGGCGUAUCCUGACACUGUCGAUACUAAAUUCGCUCAACACUGGGACACCUGGUUUACGCAGGGCGAUGUCAAUACACUGAAGGCGGCUGGUAUUAAUACUGUCAGGGUUCCUCUGGGAUAUUGGAUUGUGGAGGCUUUGGUCGAUAGGUCGCACGAAUCAUACCCCCGGGGCGGUCUUAAUUAUUUGCGCCGGGGCUUGGGCUGGCUGAAAGAUGCUGGGAUCCAAGCGAUCCUGGAUCAUCACGCGGCACCCGGGGUUCAAUCACCUGACCAAAUGUGGACUGGAAAUUGUACUACCGAUGUUCAAUUCUACACUCCAUACAACUACCACCGUGCACUGGUGUGGACAGCGGUCAUGACUACGCUUUCUCACCUGGACCCUAAUUUUGGAAGUGUCUUUGCGAUCGAGGCAGCCAAUGAACCCAUUAUGGACGCGGCUCUUACACCUAACUAUGGCACCUUCCAAAAGAACUUCGUCCAGGUAAUGCGUGCAGUUGAGCUCACACUCGGAAUAUCUGUGCCGUCAUCUAGUUUAUCGCUCUCGGUACCAGCGUCCGUCUCGAACAACUUCACCGCUGCAUUGAAUGCGACAUCUUCAGCAACCAUAUUCUCGGCGGAGGUGCAAGCCGCACUUUUAGAAGCCGUUCCGAUUUUACUAGAUAUUGCAGCAGGGUGCGGUUUACAAACCAUAUUUGAAGCAUCACCCUUCAAACGGUCCCGUGAUUCAUUGGUGGCGAACUUCAUAGAUGUGAACUGGCAGUACGACAACCCUUCUAACCCAGCUGACGUAGCGAAUGGCCCCCAAGCUUAUGACAACCAUUUAUAUUACUCGUUUGGCGGAGUUGCGGCUGCUGACCCAAAAUCUUACAUGACCAGUAUCUGCAAUCUUCGACGUAUCCAGGCUGACGCAGCGGUCGGCGACUCUCCGCUCUGGUUCGGAGAGUGGGGACUUUCAACACAGUUCAAUGCCACAGAUGAGUUCCUCUCCGAGUGGGCUGACGCACAGAAGUUGGCCUACAGUAAAGGUGCUGGAUGGAUUGUACGGAAUGCCCUUGCAAGGCAAUGGUCUUACCUUGAGGGGUUGAAACUCGGGUUCUUGACCCAGGACCCUGCGGCGUUCCACGAUCCGAACGUGUGCGUUCCAUACAUGAACAGUAUCACUGAUGGCGCUAGUUCAUGAUGUGCGUGCUUGGUGACUAAGUAAGCG